AUGGUAAUGAAGACAGCCUACUUUGACGACCUCAUCCAGCGCUGGUACAUCGAUGACGCAAAGCGUGUGAUUAUUGGCAAGGGUGACAAAAUCCUGGAAAUCGUCCCAAUCAAGGCGCACAUGUCUCGCGAUGUUUCAUUAGACCACGACCUAGUCUUCCAGAUUCCCCUCUGGUCUUGCGAUUGCGAUCUCUUGAGAGAAGAUGGUGAUGCCGCUGAAGAUGCCUGCCUAGAUGGGAGAUGUACUGCAAACAAUGCCCAAGAUGACGAUGGUUGUAUAAUCGCCACUCUCGAGGGCAACUUCAGUACCGCCCCUCGCGAGUGCUUCCAUAUCGUGAAGAACUCCAUGUGA